AUGAUGCGAUUUACUCUCUUGCUCGGCUUCUUAGCUUUGAGCCAAGCCGCUUUAAUCAAUCAGUUGCCCGGUGCUCCUGCCGUCAACUUCAAGCAAUAUGCUGGCUACUUCGGAGUAGGACAAAAUAAGAACCAUCAGCUUCAUUAUUGGUUCAUUGAAUCUCAAAGUAACCCUGCCACUGAUCCAGUCCUUAUUUGGUUGACUGGAGGACCUGGAUGUUCUGGUUUAUCAGCCAUUCUUACUGAGUGGGGACCUUUCCUCGCCAACGAUGAUGGAGCCACUUUGAGACUCAACCCUUAUUCUUGGAAUCAAAAAGCCUCUAUCCUCACUCUUGAAGCCCCAGCCGGUGUUGGAUACUCGUAUUCCACUGACGGAAAUGUCCAGACUGGAGAUAAUCAGACCGCCAGUGAAAACUGGGAGGCUCUCGUUGCUUUCUUCAAUACCUUCCCACAAUACAAGAACAACGACUUCUACGUAACAGGAGAAAGCUACGGAGGUAUCUAUGUACCAACUUUGGUUAGAACCAUCAUGGACAGACAAAAUCAAUUCAAGAUGAACUUGAAGGGAUUCGCUGUUGGUAAUGGCUGCGUCUCAUUCCCAGAAAACACCGACUCCUUAAUCGAAUUCAUGUACGGACAUGGUCUUAUCGAUGAUACAAAAUGGAAGAAAGUUCGCUCACAAUGCUGUAAUAACGAUAUCGAUGAUUGCCAAUUCCAUAACUUCAGUGGAUUGAACUUCUGUAAUGAAUUUGCCCAACAGGAAACAACCCUGGCAUGGAGUAGUGGAUUGAAUCCUUACAAUAUGUACGAUAACUGUGUUCAAUCUGCUUCUUCUCAGCCUGUUCCACUUCGUUUUGCUGCUGAUUAUCGUCAACAAACUGGAAAGGAUGUUGUUACUUCACAACUUUCGAGUGUUCCAUGCUUGAACGAAACCGCUGUUACCACUUACUUGAACCGUCAAGAUGUUAGAAAAGCCUUGGGAGUUCCAACAUCAAUUGGACGUUGGGAUAUCUGCAGUAAUCAGAUCAGUCAGACAUACACCAGAGAAACCCCUGAUACCAGCUCCAUCUUCGUCAGAGCUAUUACUAGUGGAAUCAAAGUUAUGUUAUACAGUGGAGAUGUUGAUAUGGCUUGCAACUUCUUGAUGGGUCAAAGAUUCUCUCGCAAACUCGGAUUCAACGUCAGCAAAGGCAAGAAACACUACAAUGUCGGAGGACAAAUCGGUGGUUAUCAUACCCAAUAUGGUCUUUUGCACUUUGUGACUGUCCGCGGUGCCGGCCACAUGGUUCCAAGCGAUAAGCCUGCUGUUGCUUAUCAUAUUCUUGAUUCUUUCAUCAACAAUAAGGCAUUUUAA